AUGCAACUCCCAAUACUUUCCUCUGCCCCGGAUAAAGCCAUGGCUUUAUACGCAACGGGUUUCAACGCAUGGAACCAGCUUAAUUUUGAAUCCUCGCCAACGGACCGAGAGCCCGAUGAUUUGUUCGCUUUUGCAAAGGCCCUGACAGACAAGACUAUUGGUUACAUUGUUCCAAAGAUAAACUUUACCGCAGGCAAGUACUAUGUCCGGAUUACGCAAAAUAAUACAUGGUUUUUUGCCGGAUCACAUCUAGGCAACCUUCUCUAUCGCGAAGCCAACACUUGCUUGUUCGACUCACCAAAUGCCGAAUCAGGAGACGGAAAAGUCUUGAAUGGCCAAGGCUCAUCUAUUGUUCAGUACACAUCCUUAGCUGCAUGGAAGGCUAACAAGUGUACUGAAACCUGGCCUUGCGAGUCUCCAGUCCGCCAAAUAGAAGCUUACGAUACCGGUUUCGUUAUACUUCUCGAGAAUGGGACUGUUCUUGGCUGUGGUGAUACUCGAUUUCGAGACUGCCUUGGUCGCGAAGUUGACGAGUCAAGUCCUGCCCACGUACCCAACGCUGUAGAAGAUCUUAAUGAUCUCGGCGAAUCCAUCAAGAAGGUAUCCGCGGGAGGAUAUACCAUUGGAGCCCUAACAGAGAGCGGCGGAAUAUACCUCUGGGGCAUGAAACCACCCGGUUCGCAAAGUCGACAUGCCGCAUUCACUGAUCUUGGUCCCAUACCAAGCUACGUCGAAGUCGAUGGAGACAAAGAUGUGCAAGACUUUGCAAUUGGAGAGUCGCAUGCGAUCGCCCUGACUACUGACGGUUGCAUUUAUGUGAUAGGGGACAACACUAAUGGUCAAAUUGGUCUUGGCGAAUCCGUGAGGAGGUGGUGGCUGUUGAAGCUGGUCCAAGGGCAUCUUUUAUAA